UUCAAGUUUCCCCCCUCACCAUGGACAAGUUGUCCACCUUCUCCCGUUUCAAGGCGUCAUGCCCUUUCCUCAAGCACACCAAGACAACCACCUUGCGUUCGCUCUCCACUAGCGCCUCGCCUCGUUUUCCGUCCAUCUCAGCACUGACGGAGCGGGCGACGAAAUGCCCGGUCAUGGGCCCCACCCUCAACGUCCGGGGUAAGGAGAUCGUCGCGGGCUACGCUAGCGUAGCCUCGGUCGGCGAUGUUGCUCAGAUCCACAAGGAACAGGGCGUCAAGGUCCCCGCUGGCGCGACCAUCGAGAUGUGUCCCCAUGCAUCGGCGGCCCGGGCUGCUGCCCAGAUGGCCAACGACCUGGCCUCCGCUGCUGCUCGCAAGGCUGCUCAGACUGUUAAGCCGGGUGACGUGGCCAAGGCUGCUGCCGCUGCCGGCUGUCCGUUCCACAAGGCCGGCGCUGCGAUACCUGCCGAUCACCCGCCCGUCCCCCAGGCAGCGACCGCGAUCGGGGCAUCGGCGGCGAAAUCGGCUUCAGGCUUCGACUAUGAGGGCUUCUACGUCGCCGAGCUCGACAAGAAGCACCAGGACAAGUCGUACCGGUACUUCAACAACAUCAACCGCCUCGCCAAGAAGUUCCCCAUCGCUCACACGGCGGACGUCCAGGAAGAAGUCCAGGUUUGGUGCUCCAACGACUACCUGGGUAUGGGCAACAAUCCUGUUGUCCUCGAGACCAUGCACCGGACGUUGAACAAGUACGGCCACGGUGCUGGCGGGACCCGUAAUAUCGCUGGCAAUGCUGCUAUGCAUCUUGGACUCGAGCAGGAGCUCGCUACCCUGCAUCGCAAGCCAGCGGCGCUCGUUUUUUCCUCGUGCUACGUCGCCAACGACGCCACGCUUUCCACUCUCGGCUCGAAACUCCCCGGCUGCGUCUUCUUCUCGGACACUAUGAACCAUGCUUCGAUGAUCCAAGGCAUGCGGCACUCGAAUGCGAAGAAGGUUCUGUUCAAGCACAACGACAUGGAGGAUCUGGAGAACAAGCUCGCGCAGUACCCCAAGGAAACACCGAAAAUCAUUGCGUUUGAGAGUGUUUAUUCGAUGUGCGGCAGCAUCGGACCCAUCAAGGAAAUUUGCGAUCUCGCGGACAAGUACGGUGCUCUGACUUUCUUGGAUGAGGUGCACGCUGUUGGAUUGUACGGACCACGCGGUGCCGGCGUUGCUGAACACCUGGAUUUCGAAGCUCAGAAGGCUGCUGGCGAUUCCCCGGACCCUAUCAAAGGCUCGGUCAUGGAUCGCAUCGACAUCAUCUCGGGAACCCUGGGCAAGGCUUACGGCGCUGUCGGUGGAUACAUCGCAGGCUCUGACGACUUUGUGGAUAUGAUCCGAUCGUACGCCCCCGGGUUCAUCUUCACGACUUCGUUGCCUCCGGUGACAGUGGCUGGCGCGCAUGCCAGUCUUGUGUACCAGAAGGAAUAUCUCGGUGACCGACAGCUCAAACAGGUCAAUGUGCGGCAAGUCAAGCAGCGUUUCGCCGAGCUGGACAUCCCCGUGGUACCCGGUCCCUCACACAUCGUUCCGGUCUUUGUUGGAGAUGCGGCUCUGGCCAAGGCUGCGUCGGACAAGCUUCUUUCUGAUCACAACAUCUACGUGCAGUCGAUUAACUACCCGACCGUUGCCCGCGGCGAGGAGCGCCUCCGCAUCACCGUCACCCAACGUCACACUGUCGAGCAGAUGGACACCCUCAUCGCUGCUGUCGACCAGGUAUUCACGGACUUGAACAUCAACCGUCUGAGCGACUGGGUCCGACUGGGCGGCCGAGCCGGUGUUGGCGUCGAAGGCGCGGUUCACCCCGAACCCAUCUGGACUGACGCCCAACUUGGCUUGGGCGGUCCUGCUGCGCCGGUCACUCUGCACGAUGGAGAACGCGCUGUGAUCGACUCGAAGGGGGUGGUCGCUGCUCGAAGCCGGUUCAAUGUUCUCCUCGGUCCGGUGACGUCGCAGCCGGCGGCAGCGGCAGCGAGCCCUAGUCUAGCCGGGCUCAAGGUCCACACUCCUACCGUCGUGCUUGGUGAUGCUACGAACACCAUUCCGGUGCCUCCUCCGUCUGUCUAGUAGUCGUCGUCUGCUGUGUAUUAGAAAUAACACUCUGCUCAAGCGAUGUGCUUGAUGUCGUGGACAAACACAGUCUUAGUCGAGUCUCC